AUGAAUUCAAGAAUGGAAUUCACCGACAGAGGCGAGAAGGCCGUGCAGGACGCCAUGGCCCUCGCAGAGCAGUAUGCUCACUCACAACUACUCCCCGUCCACUUGGCAGUCUCGCUGCUCGACCCUCCCGCAGACCAGUCAAAGGACCAACAGAACGCGCCGCCGCAGACGUCCUCGAUGUUCCGACAAGUAAUCGAGCGCGCCCACGGCGACCCACAACUCUUCGACAGAGCCCUCAAGAAGACGCUCGUCCGCCUGCCGAGCCAAGACCCGCCCCCGGACCAGGUCUCCGUCGCGCCGACGUUCCACGCCGUCCUCAGGAAGGCGCAGGAGCUGCAGAAGACGCAGAAGGACACCUUCAUCGCCAUCGACCACCUCAUCCAGGCCCUCGCCGAGGACCACACGAUCCAGACGUGCUUGAAGGAAGCCAACGUCCCCAAGCCGAAGCUGGUGCACGAUGCCGUCGCACAGAUCCGGGGCACGAAGCGGGUGGACAGCAAGAACGCCGAUACGGAGGAGGAGCACGAGAACCUGGCCAAGUUCACCAUCGACAUGACGGCCAUGGCCCGCGACAAGAAGAUCGACCCGGUUAUCGGCCGAGAGGAGGAGAUCCGCAGAGUCGUACGCAUCCUCUCGCGUCGCACAAAGAACAACCCCGUCCUCAUCGGUGAGCCCGGUGUGGGCAAGACGACCGUCGUCGAGGGCCUGGCCCAGCGCAUCGUCAACCGCGACGUACCCGACAACCUGAAGGCCUGCAAGCUGCUGUCGCUCGACGUCGGCGCCUUGGUGGCCGGAAGCAAGUACCGCGGAGAGUUCGAGGAGAGGAUGAAGGGUGUCCUGAAGGAGAUCGAGGACUCCAAGGAGAUGAUCGUCCUCUUCGUCGACGAGAUCCACCUGCUCAUGGGUGCCGGCUCCUCCGGCGAGGGCGGCAUGGACGCUGCCAACCUGCUGAAGCCCAUGCUCGCCCGUGGUCAGCUGCACUGCAUCGGUGCGACGACCCUCGCCGAGUACCGCAAGUACGUCGAGAAGGACGCCGCUUUCGAGCGACGUUUCCAGCAGGUGCUGGUGAAGGAGCCCAGUAUCGGCGAGACCAUUUCCAUCCUCCGUGGUCUCAAGGAGAGAUACGACAGACAUCACCGCGUCACGAUUCUCGACAACGCACUGGUCGCCGCCGCCAACCUUGCCGGCCGCUACCUCACUUCCCGCAGACUUCCCGACUCCGCCAUCGACUUGGUCGAUGAGGCCGCUGCAGCUGUCCGCGUCGCCAGGGAGUCCCAGCCCGAGAUCAUUGACUCUCUUGAGCGCAAGCUGCGCCAGAUCAUGAUCGAGAUUGCUGCCCUGGAGAAGGAGAAGGAUGAGGCGUCUCAGGCUCGUCUGGUCCAGGCGAGAAAGGACGCCAAGAACGUCGAGGAGGAGCUGGAGCCUAUCCGCCAGAAGUACCUCUCCGAGAUCAAGAGAGGUGAGGAGAUUCACCUUGCCAAGCUCAAGCUCGACGACCUCGAGAAGCGCCUUGAGCAGGCCAUCAACGAUGGUGACCAUGCCAAGGCUGCCGACCUCCAGUACGGUGCCAUCCCCGAGCAGCGCGCCGUCAUCAAGGAGCUCGAGGCCAAGAAGGCGGCUGCCGACGCCGCUCUCAACGCCUCCGGUCAAGACCACGGCGCCAUGGUCACUGAUGUCGUCACCUCCGACCACAUCAACGAUAUCGUGUCCCGCUGGACCGGUAUCCCCGUCACCCGUCUCAAGACCACCGAGAAGGAGAAGCUCAUCCACAUGGAGAAGCAGCUCGGCAAGAUUGUGGUCGGUCAGAAGGAAGCCGUCCAGGCCGUCUCCAACGCCAUCCGUCUGCAGCGGUCUGGUCUCAGCAACCCCAACCAGCCACCCAGCUUCCUGUUCUGCGGUCCCUCCGGUACCGGUAAGACUCUCCUGACCAAGGCCCUCGCCGAGUUCCUCUUCGACGACUCCAAGGCCAUGAUCCGCUUCGACAUGUCCGAGUACCAGGAGCGCCACGCCCUCAGCAGAAUGAUCGGUGCUCCCCCCGGAUACGUCGGCCACGACGCCGGAGGUCAGCUCACCGAGGCACUCCGCCGCAAGCCCUUCUCCAUCCUGCUCUUCGACGAGGUCGAGAAGGCCGCCAAGGAGGUCCUCACCGUCCUCCUGCAGCUCAUGGACGACGGCCGCAUCACCGACGGCCAAGGACGCGUGGUCGACGCCAAGAACUGCAUCGUCGUCAUGACGUCCAACUUGGGCGCCGAGUACCUCACAAAGUCCACCAACCGCGAGGGCAAGGUCGACGCCACUACGCGCGAGCUCGUCAUGAAUGCCCUGCGCAGCUGGUUCCUGCCCGAGUUCCUCAACCGCAUCAACUCCACCGUCAUCUUCAACCGCCUCACGCGCCGCGAGAUCCGCAAGAUCGUCGACAUCCGCCUCAUGGAGAUCCAGAAGCGCCUCGAGAACAACGGCCGCAAGGUCUACAUCGACGUCUCGGAGGAGGCCAAGGACUACCUCGGCAACGCCGGCUACUCGCCCGCCUACGGCGCCCGCCCCCUCUCCCGCCUCAUCGAGAAGGAGGUCCUCAACAAGCUCGCCAUCCUCAUCCUCCGCGGCAACGUCCGCGACGGCGAGAACGCCCGCGUCGAGCUCAUCAACGGCCGCAUCACCGUCCUGCCCAACCACCAGGACAGCGAGCUCAACACGGACGACGACGACAUGGACGAGGACGACGCCGUCGACGAGAUCGUCGCCGACGAGAUGGACGAGGAUAUUUACGAUUGA